AUGGACCCUCAUAAAGUCGAUUCUAUUCAACAAUGGAAAGUACCUACUAAUAAAGAUUUGUUACAAGGUUUCUUAGGAUCAGUAGGGUAUUUAGCACCCAAUAUACCUCAGUUACACAUUUCUACAGGUAUUUUAUCAAAAAUUGCAGGAGAAACUGCAUUUUUCAGAUGGACAUUCACUGAACAGCAAGUAUUUGAUCAAAUAGUAAAGCUAGUAUUGGAUUUCAGGCACAAUCACAGGAUAGUAUUGGACUAUAGUAAGAAUGCACCACCUAUCAACAUUGUUACAGACACUUUGGCUUCAGGAAUUGGAGGAAUAGUCAGCCAAGGUCAUGAUUGGAAAGAUUCCAAGAUAGUAGUGUUUUUCUCAGCAAAAUUAAACCCUGUGCAACAGAAUUACCCAGUACACAAUGUAGAAUUACUAGCAGGAGUAGAAACUAUGCUAAGACACAAGAAUCUACUACAAGGAACGCAUUUCUUUUGGUAUACCAAUCACAGAGUGUUAGAACACAUUCUAAGGCAACUGGCAUUAAGUGGAAGACAAGCUAGAUGGCUAGAGAAGAUAUCAGACUUCCAUUUCACUGUAAAGUACAUUCCAGGCACUACAAACAUUCUUGCAGACACGUUAUCAUGUAUAUACUCAGGAGAUUUACUAGGAACAACUCAAUCUCAGCAAGAAUAUACAUUGCAACUUGACAACAAUGAUCUAUCAAGGAUUAAUCAAGUUAGGAAUAGCAUUUCACAGCUGUUAGAGAUACAGGAUACUGUAUAUAUUGAGGCUAGACUAGUAGCAGUAAGGAAAACUUCACCUCAAGGAUCGAUUACAAGUCGACUGUACAACAGAAAGGCUAGAUUAAUUACCAGACAUGCCAGAAACUCACAGACAAACCUCCAAACAGAGGGCAGGCCUGCUACAAGGACUAGAAGCUAG